AUGGCCACAGUCGUGCCUCCUCCGAGUAAGAGGCAAAAGAUCCUCGCUGCUGAAAAGGCAGAAAAGGCGCUUGAAGAUGCAAUAAUACCCAAACAUUUGGGCAGCGUGAGGGUGCAAUUCGUCGACCAGAGCACGGGGAAGUCGACGGGGCCUGUUGUCGCAGUGCCUGUCAAGGAUGCAACCGUCAAAAAUCUCGAGACGCUCCUCAAUACCAUACAGGGAAAUGAACCUGGCGACCGCCUUCCCUACCGAUUCUUCUUCCGCAACGAUCGUUCUACAGGCUCGGAAUCAGAGCUUCUAGAUGUGCAAACCGAUCUAUACAAUUCUGUCUUGCGACCUGGAUUCAAGAGUACCGAGGACAAUAUCAUUCUCCAGUUCAUCCCUCAAGCUGUCUUUCGCGUGCGUGCUGUCUCCAGAUGUUCUGCCUCGAUAUCUGGACAUGGCGAAGCUAUACUUGCAACAGCCUUUUCCCCCGAGUCUUCCUCCAGAAUGGCUACAGGAAGUGGAGACAACACUGCACGGAUAUGGGACUGCGACACAGGGACACCUCUGCAUACUUUGAAAGGCCAUACGAGUUGGGUCCUUGUGGUAUCGUGGUCCCCUGAUGGCAAGAUUCUUGCGACUGGCAGCAUGGACAACACUAUACGACUCUGGGACCCAAAGACCGGAGAGGCCCUGGGAGGCCCGCUCAAAGGCCACACUAAAUGGAUUACAAGCCUCGCUUGGGAACCUUAUCAUACCCAGGCACCAGGAAAGCCGCGACUAGCAUCAGCCUCCAAAGACGGGACCGUCAGGAUAUGGGAUGUUGUACUUCGGCGCAUUGACGAGAGCCUCUCCGGACACAGGAGCUCCGUCACCUGCGUGCGAUGGGGCGGGCUCAAUCGGAUGUUCACUUCGUCGCAGGACAAGACGAUAAAGAUCUGGAACACAAAAACCUGGAACUGCCUCCACACCCUGUCUUCGCAUACGCACUGGGUGAACCAUUUGGCUCUAUCCACCGACUUUGUACUGCGGACUGCCUAUCACGAUCAUACAGGCAAAGUCCCAGAGACAGUUGAGGAGAAGAUCAAGAAAGCAAAGUCUAGAUUCGCAGAGGCUGCCACGCAAGAAGGCAAAUUGGUGGAGAAGCUCAUAUCCGCUUCAGACGAUAAUACCAUAUUUCUCUGGGAUCCGUCCGCCAUCCCUGCCGACUCGAAUGCUGCAGUGAAACCGAUCGCGCGACUACUCGGGCAUCAGAAACAGGUCUUACACGUUUCAUUUUCUCCCGACGGGCUAUACAUCGCCUCGGCGUCAUUCGACAACAGCGUGAAGCUGUGGAACGCUCGAGAUGGAAAAUUCAUCUCCACUCUCCGUGGCCAUGUUGGCGCCGUGUACAUGGUGGCAUGGUCCAGCGAUUCCAGACUUCUAGCCAGUGCUUCCAAGGACACAACGGUGAAGGUGUGGGAUGUCAAGACAGGGAAACUGAAGGAAGACCUGCCAGGCCACAAGGACGAAGUCUUUGCCCUGGACUGGAGUCAAGAUGGGAAAUGCGUGGCUAGCGGCGGUAAAGAUAAGCAGGUGAAGCUCUGGAAGCAUUGA